GUAAUGUUAACGACGUUUACAGUAAGCAACUGCAAGAAGUUUAAAAGACUCUGUUACGGUAUCUCUGUCACUAGAAAAAACUUGUCACAAAACAAUCAUUACAAUUUUUCGAACUCAUUUCGUUUAAUAUAUAAUACCGCGGUACGUUGUCAAUUAUCAAAGACAAAACAACUGUCUCUGGUAUUAUGUGAGGCUUCAGUGAUUUAAACUGGAGUCUGAAGUGCGGUACCGCGUUUUCGUUGCACUGUGCCACUGUCCGUUCGGUACCUUGGAGUUUGGGAGGUUGAGAGUGGUUUUUCUGUAAAUCAGUAAAUGGGAAGAAAGGCUGGAUCGUCCAAAGCCUCCAAGCCCAUUCCUGCGGGAAAUGAAUGCUACCGACGUGAAGUGGCACUGGAAGGACUGGAAGGGAUAACGUUGGCAUCCUUCUGGAUCCGCUUGCAGGAGGCGUUCCGUUAUUAUCACAACGAGACGGUCGAUGUCCAGAAUGCUGCUUUUCAACAAGCAGCUUGGGAAGAGCUGUUGGCAGACCAAGAAUUGUCAGUGUAUCUUCUACCAGAGGCACGGUCCAUUAUUCCCGAAUUGGAAUAUAAAAAGGUCGAGGAUUUUACGAACGCCGACCUACCGGAGGAAGUUAGUGUGGAAUCAGCGUUUAAGCGGCCUUUCUCAGCAGUGGACGCAGAUGAUGACGAAGUGGACAUCACUUUGAAAUCAUCCUCUAAUGAUGGUCAUGAAGUGACAAUAUUCACCUAUGGCUGGGAGGCAAAAGAAGUACCAUCGUCAUUCCUGAAUUGUUACGGAAUUUUUUUCGAAAAAUCACCAGAAAUUUUGGGAUCUUGCCGCUGUUUACACACACGAACAGACAUUUCACAUACACUUCGAAAGUCGAAACCAUCGUUGUCUGUUGUUCGGGAACAGUAUGGCGACCGUUUGGUCAUCGUGGCCAGUGAUAAGCUGCGCAAAAAGGCCCUGGGAAUAGAUAAACUGGAUGCAGCUGACUUGAGAAAGGUGACGCCUGGCGCUUAUGCCGUAUUGGAACUUGUCGGACGACACCGUCAUUACGGCGUAUUUUUGGUCCUUCGUGGUUGGACUAUUUUGGGGAGAGGAAUCCAGACACUGAAACAAGUGCACAAUUAUACGGGAAUAUUGCGAGAUCUUAAUCUUAUCAGCAAAAAGAAACUCCGAUUUGAUAUUCAAAUGGCGUAUAUGGCUUAUACGUACAUUACGUGCGCUUUUCUGAAACAUUUUGAUCGGCCAGUGAACACCAAAAGCGAGGAGUGGUUUGCCCAAGUGCAGCAUUUGAUUAAUAGCGCUCCUGCUCCAGGUUAUCCAAUUGUUUUACUUCCAAGACUGGAGGCUUAUGAGCACGUCCCGGAUCAGUACCAAAUGAGGAGGCGCAUCCGACGGAUUUUGCCUGACAUGAAGCACAAAACUUUUACAAAAUCGGAAUUGAUGGACAAGUAUCCGCAGUUAGAAGGCGAUUUAGACGCUAAAUUCGUGGUGACGUAUGUCGAUCCAGAAGUGGAAAAGAGCAAAGCAACACCGCUUGUGAUUGAACCUUACGUCGUUCCUGAAGAUUUGAAACUUGUCCAUAAACCAACCAGGAAGCAAGCUAUGCUUGCUGUGUUGUCUUUGUUGAAAGCCAACCGAGAACGCGGCUUAUCUGAACCAGAGAUACGAGCUAUUUUCGUUCAACACGGUGUCGGAAAGCGUCGGGCGAAUCCUACGCUUGGCUACUGUCUCGAUACUGGAUAUGUUAUCCGUUCCGGCCGGUUUGGUACUCGAAAUAAGCCUAAACGAUAUGUUCUUGUAUCAUCGGAGGAAGAGCGGCAGCAAAUUUCGAAGAAACUGACGAAAGACGAGCCGGAAACAAUGGAAGAUGCCACUGUGGCUCUAGCUACAUCCACUUCAGACAAAACUCUGACCAAUCCUGUGAUAAUUGGAGAAGCAGCAGUUGCCGCGUUGAAAUUAAAGCUGUUACAGGCUGCCGAAAAAAUGCUCUACUUUCCGGAUGCGAACUAUUUCUUGCGGUUGGUGCGGUUUUUUCACCCCGAUCCUCCGAAAAUAUCACCUGCGGAGUUUCAUGCAUGGCUGCAGACGGAAAUCAAUAAGGGAUCGUUUACGGUAGAUAUUAUCGCAACCAGCAAUCAACUUUUGCAGUUAGUCAGUACUGGACCAGAAAACAUCGAAGAGCAGACUGUUUUGGUAGUCCAUUCUUCUGUUGAUCGGGGAAAGAUUAUACAUUAUGGAAAACGUUUGGCUUUCACGAAUGUUUUACAAACUGCCCUGGGACCGUUCAAGGAUAUUAAACGAGCACUGGAACUCUGUAAAAUUGCACCAGGAAAGUACUCAUGCCAUGAAAUAUAUUCUCGGGAACGGAUUACUAGAGUGCGCCUCCUGCAUCGCUACUUAAUCCAGUUGACCUAUCAGCGCUCAGAUUCUGAGUCUGCCAGAGAACGACCAUUUUGGGCGCGAAAAUGCGAAAACUUCGAAUUUUGUGGCAGUUAUCCCGGAUGGGUAACAAUGGAGGAAAUCGUCUAUCAGAUGCCGUUGGCUGUGUUUGUUCGAUUGGUGCCACUUCAGAUGCCCUCGGAGGCAGAUAAGCAGUUUGUUUUCACCAGUGUGGCGGAUUCGACCAUAUCGUCCCUUCCGAUGCAUUUACAAGAUUUGAGGAUUAUAACGCACACUUUGGAAAGCCGGCAUUUUGUCUACGUUUUACGAGAUCUUCUAGAUCUCCUGCAGUGCUUUGGUUUUGUGAGAGAAGGACCGAAAGACUUGAUGUAUCCCGAUGGAACGGAAUUGUAUUAUGUCAGCAAUCAUAUUACGGUUCCUGAUACCAAAAACGUUUUGGAUUCUCAAAUCAAUAACGGUGUGCUGAAUGAAGAACUGAUUAAUACUUUGCCUGAAAGGACAUUUGAAUUUCACUGUGACGAAGAUGUUAUCACUUUCUGGCAAAUUAUCCAGCAGGAGUCUUUGACAAAAAAUUGGCGACGAUUGAAAACCGAAGACGUUCCCACAGCGAAUGAGGGGCUUCAUCGACUGCGUGUGGAUGAGUUGAAGAAACGAUUUGGAAGCGCCGUGGCACUAGCCUAUCCCGACACACUUACGACUGUUUUCCGGCCUCCUGGUGACCGUCUAUCCAUCUUCGGCUUCGAUUCCAUGUUGAAAUUAAAUGAACGCCUUUUCUGGAAACGACGCAUGGUUCUGGCACACCACAAUCAGUGUCAUCCGACAUACAUAGCCGAUCUGGAUGAUUUUCCCUAUGUUCAGACCAACGUAACUAUCUACCGUGGGGAGAACUUACCGCAGCAAACACCAAAGCGAUUAAAAGUGGUUACCGGCGGAAUAAAGGUCAAGCCCGGGCCGAAGUUUGUCAGGAAAUCAGUGAAAAAAUCGCCCGUUAAAGCUGGUGCAGCGGAAAUCCACCGUUUAUUUCAGCCCUCGAAUUGGGGUUCCUUAUUCCAUAACGAAAGGCCAUGGUGUCGCGGUGAGGAGCUGGUUGCCGUAGCAUACUUAGCGAUUCGUGAUUUGAUCACCCGGUUCAAGCGGAAACCAGUGUACGUGGAGAUGCUGGUGGACUUGCUGACAACAUACUUUCCCGAUGCGGCAUUUCGGCGCAGUAUGCUGGAAUGUGAUGUUAUUCUGCAUCGGAUCGGGAGAUUGCCCAAAGCCAUUAAUGAAAUGCUGGUGGUGCAGGAUAUGGCACGACGAAUGGUGAAUUUCGAAGCAUUUUUGGAGUUUGUUAACCAGACAAGGAAGGAUAUUUUGAGCAUGCGGGAAUUAUUUGAUGCUUGGCGGGAAAUGGUGGUGCAGGUGUUGAAUAAGAUUUUCCAGUCGCCACCGUAUCCAAGACGAAAACUACUUCACACCAGUUCUAGUACGAGUAUUCGAAGUGUUAUAAACGAAUCGGAGACGGCAAGGCAGUUUACCAUGGAAAAUUUGGUUAUGCAAGCUCUCCAUACCGAAUCGACGAUUGAUAACCGUUUAUUGGAAAUCCUUGAAAAACAACCCCAGCGUAUUAUGGUCGGGGUGGCUACCUAUUUAAGCUACCGUGGAAUUUUGGCAUAUCGCAAGGGUAUCUCUAACAAACUGACCCCGCAUUUGAUGGUAACGGUUGGAACGAAAUCCAUGGGAUUGAGCAUGCGAUUCACUGAAAAAUAUCGCAAUGUGCAAGGAACGUUGGUUGCCGAUAACAUUCGUCCAUCCGUGUGUGUGGAAAUGUGUGAUCCAAAUGCUGAAAAUUCAGCUUUUGGAUUUCUUUGUAUUUCGAUCCCGUUGUACAACAGUUGGCGAUUGUGCAUGGAUGUGUUCCAGUUGACUGGCUUGGGCUCGAGUUUUUGGGCCAGAUUACAAGCGGAAACUGAGGACGAAUUUACCAUGGGUGCCUUAAUAGAUCCGGCACAAUAUCGGAUUAAGCGUGCAGCAUGGGCUCUUGAAGGAAUUACUUGUCAGCUGCGUGAAGCCCUGGAAAUUCGAUUUAAACCGUGGAUAGCUGAACAGGAACGCUCGAUCACGCUGCCGCGAUCGGAGGAAGAACUUUUCGUGUAUGUUAAGAAAUACUUUGCUGAUGACGAUCUUGAAUUCGCAAGGUUGGUUUUGGCUGAAGUGAAAUCGCAUCGCUGUUCGGGAACAACGAAGAAAGAACUUUAUCAAAUAAUGGAUAUAGAACACCAGUGGUCGUGUUCCCUCGUUCAUGAUGUAUUGCAACGUCUGAUAAUGGCCGGUUGCAUAGUGGAGGCAGGUUGUGACAGUGUGCGUUACGUUUCAGCACUGUGUGCUGCGCCAUGGGUGCAAGAAAAGACGUCAUCAUCAAAGCGGGAAGUUUAUGUGCCUUAUCCUUGGACCAAAUUGGAUGGAAAUAUUAAUGGAGAAGUUCUCAUAAAUCACCUGCGCUGGAUUUUACAGUUGAUAUGUGAACAGCAUGUUACCAGUUUGGAAGCCGUCAUUACCCAGUUCCAGCCAUAUUUCCUCCCUCGCACGAUUCUGGAAAUCGUCAAAAUAUUGUGUGUUCUGGGAUUAAUAAAGAAAACUCGCCGGGUGUUGACUGAACCACCGCGAUAUCUGGAUAUCAGUGCAGAAAACGAGUGGAUGGACGAUGGAUCUUUGAACUUCAUUUUCCUCAGUUGUCGUGUGUCUGCGUUUGAAUCAUUGAUGAGCCUUUCCAUCCUGGAGGAGCUAUUUGGUUUGCAGCCAACUGCUGUUUUCCCCGCUCUGACAGAGAUGGAUUUCGCCGACGUGGGCGUGAGCCAAACUGUUGAACCGGACAGAAUACUGCCCGAUGAUGAGGACGUCGAUAUGGAAGAGCCGGUAUCACAGGAUAGUAUUGAAUCAGUAGAUACUCAAGGAGAACAUGAAUCUGAUGACGAUGCGUCAGAGGAGGAAGACGACGCCGUGGCAUUUAUGGAUGCAAUGGGUCUGCAAGGAUCGCGAUGGCUUCUGGAUAAUAGCACCGAUGAGUCGGAUGUGGAGGAUGAUGAUGAUGAUUCGCUGGACAAUGAAGUGGGAACAGGGACGGGUCACGGAGAAGCUGAACUGGAGAACAUGGAUGAAGAUUAAAGGCAGCAGCUUGGUUUCGGGUGGCCAGCGGCUCUGUCUGUGAAUAACGACUGUGAUGGUUUCUACUUUUACUUUUUAGGUUGGUUGCUUGAAUAGUACAAGCACCAUAGUUAAGUGUGGACAUUUCGUUUGCGGCAUUGGAAGUCAAAAUAAGUAACUGGUUCCAUGUACAGCAAGUGUUGCCGCAUUUUAAAAUUGAAAUUUUGUUCGUGGUAUGCUGUUUUUGCAAGUUUGUUGUUGUCGUAUCUUUGCUUGUUAUUCACAGCUUCUGUCAUACUGUACAACUCAAGCAGAAAUUAAGACAAUAUUACGCAAUCACA